CGCUGCUGCUUUUUUGCGGACAAGGCGACGCACUCCUCUGACUGCCUGCGCGGGAGGGGCCCACGCUCAAUGCAAUGCUCGCCAGGAGGAGUCAUUGUCGCCCCAGCGAAGACCAGAUGCCAUAUCGGCGCAAAUUCAGGCUUUUCCGAGAGAGAGGAUCUGCAGCGGUGGGGGAGGGGACGGGGGAGACGAAGGGAGGGGGAGCGCGGGGAGGAGGGAGACAGCACAGGCGCGCAGAGAAGCACCAUCGACGGCGCGUCAUCGCAGCAAGAAACCAGCACUGUCUGUAAUCGUUAUCCGCCCAGGGCACGGAAGACCACACGGCCGACAACACUUGGCCGGCGGUGAGGGCGACGGCACGUGCACGCGGUGGGAAGUCUGAGAUGGUCUCCUCGCCACCGUCCCCCGCCUCUCAGGUCGGACAAGAAGAGGACGAUGGGCCUGUUUUCCACCACCACCACCAUAAGUUGGAGGGGGGAAGGAGGAGGAGGACGAGGAGGAGGAGGACGAAGAGGAAGAGGAGGAGGAGGACGAGGAGGAGGACCACCUCCCUCUCCAACUUAUGGUGGUGGUGGAAAGCAGGCCCAGCAGAGGGGGGGGGGCCAAGGGAGGGUGAGCUGAUCAGCCCGCGCGGCCGAUGGUCCCUGGCGCCUCUCGGCGCCGUUGGCGCCCGCGUGCACCGACCGUCGAAGGCGCCCAGCGGCUGGGCCGAGACCAGCUGUGCGUUCCGAA